AGGAGGAGGAGGAGGAGGAGGAGGAGGCAGGGAGCGAGCUAGUGCCCAGGGUGAAUCAAUGGAAACCCCCUCACGAAGCUGGGAAAACACUUCAGCCGCAGCCAAAUAGCAUUGAUUAUUUUCCUUCACUUCCCUCACCGCUGUGAAUUUAUUUAUUUAUUUUUUCCAUCUCCGUCCCCGACGCCCCGGAGCGAGUGCUGGAGGGAGGGAGGAGGAGGGGGGAAAGGAAUCAACACAUCGGAGAAGUCCCUUCCAAGAGCCGCCCCCUCCCCUCCCCGCCUCGCGCUGCUCGGCGGCCGCGGUUCGACUCCCGUCCCUGCUUCCAGCUGAGGUUUUAAGGUGGGAACGGCAGAGAAAAGGGCAUGAGAUUCAAGGAGGGGAGGCAGAAAGGAUGGAGCGAAUGGAAGGAGAAAAAAGUGAAAAGUAAUUGCUGCAGCUAAAGAUCUGUAAUACAUGGGUACUGGCCGUCACGCUGAAAUGAACCUCCAGCAUUCCUCCGUCUACCAUGGCCACCCUUAACUCAGCCUGUACUGCUGGCACCACCCCCUCCCCUGGGCACAAUGCCCCGUCCCCGCCUCCGGACACCUCCUCUUCCAGCACCUCCUCUGACCCUGUCACCAAAGAUCCCCCUGCUGCCCCCUCCACCUCUGAGAGCAUGAGGCCCUCAGAGCUCGGGGGACAGCCUCUGGAGCCAAGCUGUAAUCUCACCCCACCAAAGGAGAUCGGGGAGCCCCAAGAAGAGCCUGGCUGUGGUGGCUUCACACCAAAGGACCUGGGAGUAGAAAAGGACAAAGAGCAGGAGGAGGAGGAAGAAGGGCUCUCUCCCAUGGACCUAAGCAACCACUUGUUCUUUUCAGCUGGUGGUGAGGCCUACCUAGCAGCCAAGCUGUCCUUGCCAGGCAGCAAUGAACUCCUGUUACCAAAGGGCUUCCCCUGGGGUGAGGCAGGCAUCAAGGAAGAGCCGAACCUGCCUCUCCUUGCCCACCCAACCCCCACACACCUCACUGCCCUUCACAUCCAACAUGGCUUUGACCCAAUCCAAGGCUUUAGCUCUUCUGACCAAAUUCUGUCCCAUGAUACCUCAGCGCCAUCUCCGGCUGCCUGUGAGGGAAGGGAUGGAGCCUUCUGGAGCUACCAGCUGGCUCCAAAUCCACCCGGAGAUCCCAAAGAUGGUCCCACGGGGAGCAGUAGGGGAGAUCACAGGGCACUCUUCUGGUUCUGCCUUCAGUGCCGUCUGGGUUUUAGCAGGCCCCAGGCCUUUAUGGAGCACACACAGUCUCAUGGGGUGAAGCUAACCCCUGCUCAACACCAGGGCCUGCUAGGCAGCCCAGCAGUGCUCCAGGAGGGAGACGAGGGCUGUACAGCCCUUAUUAGCUUUCUGGAACCAAAAUCCCUUGUUUGUCCCCCUCUUGAAACACCCCUUGACAACAGCAGCACAGUGAACAUGGAGACGAAUGCACCCCAGACUGAGGAUGGUCAUCCUGAGGCAGAAGUCCAGACCCUUGUCCUCCCCACUGAAGAAGUCAUGGCUCUCAGCCCACCCUCCCCACCCACAACUCUAGCCACCUGGGACCCCAGCCCAACCCAAGCCAAAGAAUUGCCAGUAGUAGCAGGCGAGGCAGGGCCAGAUUGGUUCCCUGAGGGGCAAGAGGAUGGAGGACUCUGUCCCCCACUCAACCAAAGCUCACCCACCUCUAAGGAAGGGGGCGCCCUCCCCCCUUUAGGGGGCUCCCCUGAAGACUCCAGUGACCCACCCCAGCCCUACCGCCUGACCGACGACUACACUCCAGCUCCUGCAGCCUUCCAGGGCCUCAGCCUGUCCAGCCACAUGUCCCUGCUACACUCCCGGAAUUCUUGCAAGACCCUAAAGUGUCCCAAGUGCAACUGGCACUACAAGUACCAGCAGACACUGGAUGUGCACAUGCGGGAGAAACACCCAGAGAGCAACAGCCACUGUAGCUACUGCAGUGCCGGGGGCGCACACCCCCGCCUAGCCCGGGGAGAGAGCUACAACUGCGGCUAUAAGCCCUACCGAUGCGCUGUCUGCAACUACUCCACUACCACCAAAGGCAACCUCAGCAUCCACAUGCAGUCUGACAAGCACCUGGCCAACCUGCAGGGCUUCCAGGCAGGACCUGGGGGACAAGGAAGCCCCCCAGAAGCAUCACUCCUACCCUCUGCAGGAGACAAAGAGCCCAAGACCAAAUCAUCCUGGCAGUGCAAGGUGUGCAGCUAUGAGACAAACAUCUCCCGCAACUUGCGCAUCCACAUGACCUCUGAGAAGCACAUGCAGAACGUCCUAAUGCUGCACCAGGGGCUGCCAUUGGGCCUGCCCCCUGGUCUGGUGGGGCCAGGACCUCCUCCCCCACCAGGGGCAGCCCCAAGCAACCCCCCUGAACUCUUCCAGUACUUCGGGUCCCAGGCUUUAGGGCAGACUCAGACUCCCAUGCCUGGCCCCGGGCUGAGGCCAGACAAGCCCCUGGAAGCCCAGCUGCUUCUCAACGGUUUCCACCAUCUUGGAGCACCUACCCGAAAGUUCCCCACACCUGCCCCUGGCAGCCUCUCCCCUGAGGCCCACCUGCCUCCAAGUCAGCUCCUGGGCUCCUCGUCCGAUGGCUUGUCCACCUCACCACCCCCGGAUGACAGCCCAUCCCUGAAGGUGUUCCGCUGCCUGGUGUGCCAGGCCUUCAGCACAGACAGCCUGGAGCUGCUGCUCUACCACUGCAGUGUUGGUCGAAGUCUCCCAGAAGCUGAAUGGAAGGAGGUGGCAGGUGAUACCCACCGCUGCAAGCUCUGCUGCUAUGGCACCCAGCUCAAGGCCAACUUCCAACUCCACCUCAAGACCGACAAACAUGCACAGAAGUACCAGCUAGCAGCCCAUUUGCGGGAAGGGGGUGGGGCCAUGGGCACUCCCUCCCCAGUCUCCCUAGGUGAUGGGACCCCUUAUGGGUCUAUUUCCCCCCUGCAUCUGCGCUGCAACAUCUGUGACUUUGAGUCCAAUAGCAAGGAGAAGAUGCAGCUGCAUGCCCGGGGCUCAGCCCAUGAAGAAAACAGCCAGAUCUAUAAGUUUCUGCUGGAAAUGGAAGGAGCAGAGGCAGGGAUGGACCUGGGGCUUUACCACUGCCUGCUGUGUGCCUGGGAAACACCCUCCCGCUUGGCUGUGUUGCAACACCUCCGCGCACCUGCCCACCGGGAUGCUCAAGCCCAGAGGCGUCUGCAGCUGCUACAGAAUGGCCCAUCAGCCGAGGACGGACUCUCAGCUCUUCAGAGCAUCCUAAGCUUCAGCCAUGGGCAGCUCCGAGCUCCUGGGAAGACUCCUGUCACCCCCCUAGCCGAGCCACCCACCUUUGAGAAAGAUCUCCAGAACAAGACAGAACAGUUGGCUUCUGAAGAGGCAGAGAACAAGACUGGCCCUUCCAGAGACAGUGCCAACCAAACCACGGUGUACUGCUGUCCAUACUGCAGUUUCUCGAGCCCAGAGUCUGACCAAGUGAGGGCUCAUACACUCUCCCAGCAUGCAGUGCAGCCCAAAUACAGGUGCCCACUGUGCCAGGAGCAGCUGGUAGGCCGGCCUGCCCUGCACUUCCACCUCAGCCACCUGCACAACGUAGUCCCUGAAUGUGUUGAGAAGCUGCUGCUUGUGGCCACACCCAUAGAGAUGGCCUUUCCAACCAAAGUGCUGCCUGGGCCCUCACUCGGCCCUCUGGAGGAUGGCCCACAAGCCCCCACUCCUGGGCCAGAGCCCACACCAAGCAGAGACCAGACAGCAGAAGGCCCUAACCUGACCUCAGAAGCUAGCCCAGAUUCUCCUCCUGAGCCUCCUCUGGCCCCAGCUGAGGCUCCAGACAAGCCACUGGGAAGCCCUGAGCAACCUUCUUCUGCAGCUCCAUCUCCAGCCCCUCAGCCUGACACCCAAACUGAAGAAACAGCUCCUCCACCCACGAUGGCUGAAGAAGAAGAGGGGACUACGGGGGAGCCCCGCUCUGCAGAGCCAGCCCCAGCUGAUCCUCGCCAUCCUCUGACCUAUCGGAAAACUACUAACUUUGCCCUGGACAAGUUUCUGGACCCUGCCCGGCCCUACAAGUGCACUGUGUGUAAGGAGUCCUUCACUCAGAAGAACAUCCUUUUGGUUCAUUAUAAUUCUGUCUCCCACCUCCAUAAGAUGAAGAAGGCUGCAAUUGACCCUUCGGGCCCUGCCCGUGGAGAGGCUGGUGCCCCACCAACCACCACCACUGCCACUGACAAGCCCUUUAAGUGCACAGUCUGCCGGGUUUCCUACAACCAGAGCUCUACGCUAGAGAUCCACAUGCGGUCAGUUCUGCACCAGACUCGCUCCAGAGGGCCCAAGACCGAUGCCAAGGCUGAGGGGCCAGAGCGUAGCCAAGAAGAGCCCAAGGAAGGCGAGACUGAGGGGGAGGUGGGCACUGAGAAGAAGGGCCCUGACCCCAGUGGCUUCAUAUCUGGGCUGCCCUUCCUGUCCCCACCUCCGCCCCCCUUGGACCUGCACCGAUUCCCAGCCCCUAUCUUCACUCCACCAGUAUUUCCCCCCUUCCCUCUGAUGCCCGAAUCACUGCUUAAGCUCCAGCAGCAACAGCUGCUCCUUCCCUUCUAUCUCCAUGACCUCAAGGUAGGGCCCAAGCUGGCACUAGCUGGGCCUGCACCCAUGCUGUCCCUACCAUCUGUCACCCCACCUCCUCCACCCCCACCCCCUAAAGCUGAGCUGGCUGAGCAGGAAUGGGAGCGGCCUGUCGUGGCUGAGGAGGGGAAUGAGGCAGGGCCAUCCUCACCACCCCACCCAUCACCCAAUGAGGCCACCCGCACCGCAGCCAAAGCCCUUCUAGAAAACUUCGGCUUUGAGCUCGUGAUUCAGUACAAUGAAGGGAAGCAGGCUGUGCCCCCUCCCCCAACACCUCCUCCUCCAGAGGCCCUAGGGGGUGGGGACAAGCUGGCCUGUGGGGCCUGUGGGAAACUCUUCUCCAAUAUGCUUAUCCUCAAAACACAUGAGGAGCAUGUCCACCGCCGCUUUCUGCCCUUCGAGGCACUGAGCCGUUAUGCCGCCCAGUUUCGAAAGAGCUAUGAUAGCCUAUACCCACCCCCUGUGGAGCCCCCCAAACUUCCCGAUGGGUCUCUCGAGUCACCUGCUCCUCAACUGGGCCCACCUUUCCGGGUUCCGGAGCCUGAGGCAGGAGGAACCCAUGCCCCUGAAGAGCAAAGCCGGGCAGGAGGAUGCUGGCCUACAGAGGAGGAAGAAAGCUCCAAAGGGAACCAUCCUCUCCUAGCUCCUGCAGGCCGCAGGUUCUCCAGAACCAAGUUCACAGAGUUCCAGACCCAGGCCCUGCAGUCUUUCUUUGAGACCAGUGCUUACCCCAAGGAUGGAGAGGUGGAGCGACUCUCAAGUCUCUUGGGUCUGGCUAGCCGUGUGGUAGUAGUGUGGUUCCAGAAUGCCCGCCAGAAAGCACGCAAAAAUGCCUGUGAAGGUGGGCCUGUGCCAACCGGAGGAAGCUCUGGGGGAGCCUCUGGCUGCAGGCGAUGCCACACCACUUUCUCCUGUGUUUUUGAGUUGGUACGGCACCUUAAGAAGUGUUACGAUGAUCAGACCCCUGAAGAGGAGGAGGAAGAAACAGAGAGAAGGGAAGAGGAGGAAGUGGUAGAAGAAGAUGCAGAGGAGGAACAGAGCUUGGAAGCCCCAGCAGGACCUAAGGGUCCAUCACCAGAACCUCCAGAAGUGGAAGAGCUGAGCCAGGCAGAGGCAACCAAGUCAGGAAGCAAAGAGCCCGAAGGGAAUCCCUCGCCUUCCCCAGCCCACACCUGUGAGCAGUGUGCCAUCUCCUUCCCCAGCCAGGACCUUCUCAUCAGUCACCGCCGACUACAUUUCUUGCCAUCUGUGCAACCCAGCGCUCCUCCCCAGCUCCUAGAUCUGCCUUUGCUGGUGUUUGGGGAGCGAAACCCGCUGGCAGCUGGCACCCCACCGGUGCCAGGGCCACCCCUCAAAAGGAAGCAUGAGGACGGCAGCCUGUCCCCAACAGGCAGUGAAGCAGGGGGUGCAGUGGAUGGGGAUCCCCCCAGGGACAAGCGCCUGCGCACCACCAUCCUGCCUGAGCAGUUGGAGAUCCUGUACCGUUGGUACAUGCAGGACUCCAACCCAACACGCAAGAUGCUUGACUGUAUCUCCGAGGAGGUGGGGCUCAAAAAGCGAGUAGUACAGGUCUGGUUCCAGAAUACCAGGGCCAGGGAAAGGAAAGGCCAGUUUCGAAGCACUCCUGGUGGGGUGUCCAGUCCCGCAGUCAAACCCACUGUUGGAUCUACCCCUGCACCUUUUCCCAAGUUCAACCUCCUGUUGGGCAAGUCAGACGACAGCACUGGGAAGGAGUCCUCAAAGAGGGAAGCACCCGCUUUUCCCUACCCCACGGCCACCCCAGGUGCUGGGCCCCCACCUUUCCUACCACCAGGGAAGGAGGCCAGUACAUCCACACCAGAGCCACUGCUACCUCUCCCACCUCCCCCUCUACCCAGUGAGGACGAGGGCCCUGAAGAGUCAUCUAAAGCAUCUCCAGAGAGUGAAGCUUGCAGUCCAUCUGCAGGAGACCUAAGUGACUCAUCUGCUUCCAGCCUGGCUGAGCCAGAGUCCCCUGGGGCUGGAGGGACCAGUGGGGGCCCAGGAGGAGGGAAUGGGGUUCCUGAUGGGAUGGGGCAGCGGCGUUACAGGACACAGAUGAGCAGCUUGCAGCUGAAGAUCAUGAAAGCCUGCUAUGAAGCCUACCGCACCCCCACCAUGCAGGAAUGUGAAGUGCUGGGGGAGGAGAUCGGGCUGCCCAAGAGAGUCAUUCAGGUCUGGUUCCAGAAUGCUCGUGCCAAGGAAAAGAAGGCCAAACUGCAGGGGAUGGCCACAGGGGGAAACGGGGCCAGCAGCGAGGGCCUCUUGGCAGCCCAGCGCACUGACUGCCCCUACUGUGAUGUCAAGUAUGAUUUCUAUGUCUCCUGCCGAGGCCAUCUCUUUUCCCGCCAGCACCUGGCCAAACUCAAGGAGGCAGUCCGGGCCCAGCUGAAGAGCGAAAGCAAGUGCUACGACUUGGCCCCAGCACCUGAGGCAGCCCCAGCUCCCAAAGCUCCACCUGCCACCACACCUGCCUCCUUGCCCCUUGGGGCUGCCCCAGCCCUGCCUCGCCUGGCCCCAGUCCUCUUGUCUGGCCCAGCUCUGGCCCAGCCACCACUUAGCAGCUUAGCUCCUUUCAAUUCAGGCCCUGCAGCCUCCUCAGGCCUCCUCAGCCUUGCUACUUCUGUCCUGCCUGCUACCACAGUGGUCCAGACUGCUGGCCCAGGCCGCCCCUUACCUCAGAGACCUGUGCCCGACCAAACCAACACCUCCACAGCAAGCACCACUGACCCUGUCCUGGGCCUGCCCACUGAGCCCUCAGGGAACAAGGUCUCUGGUGAGCGAAAGCCACUAACAGCCCCUACCAACUCUUCCACUGAUGCCCUCAAGAACCUCAAAGCAUUGAAGGCCACUGUCCCAGCCCUGUUGGGAGGCCAAUUCCUGCCCUUCCCUUUGCCCCCUGCAGGGGGGGCAGCACCACCAGCUGUCUUUGGCCCCCAGUUACAGGGGGCCUACUUCCAGCAGCUCUAUGGCAUGAAGAAGGGGCUAUUUCCCAUGAACCCUGUGAUACCUCAGACCCUCAUUGGGCUGCUCCCCAAUGCCCUACUCCAGCCACCCCCUCAGCCCCCUGAGCCCACAGGCACAGCACCUCCAAAGCCUCCUGAACUGCCAGCUCCGGGGGAGGGAGAAGCUGGUGAGGCUGAUGAGCUGCUGACAGGCAGCACUGGCAUCUCCACCGUGGAUGUGACUCACCGUUACCUGUGCCGCCAAUGCAAGAUGGCAUUUGAUGGGGAGGCCCCGGCCAUUGCCCACCAGAGAUCCUUCUGCUUCUUUGGGCGGGGCUCAGGAGGCUCUGUGCCCCCCCCAUUACGGGUGCCCAUCUGCACCUACCACUGCCUGGCAUGUGAGGUGCUGCUGAGUGGCCGUGAAGCCCUGGCUUCCCACCUACGCUCGUCAGCCCACAGGCGCAAGGCAGCCCCGCCCCCAGGGGGCCCACCCAUCACCGUCACCAACACCGCCACUGCUGCCACAGCUGCUGUGGCUUUUGCCAAAGAGGAAGCAAGAUUACCUCACACGGACUCCAACCCAAAAACUACUACUACCUCUACACUUCUAGCUUUAUAAACAGAUAAACCAAGAUGGGAGAUGGGAGGGCUCCUACUUGUACCCCAAGGGGUAUUUGGUGGGAGCUCAGAUCCCUGGCCCCAACCUUUGGCUCCGCCCACCUCAUGGGAACCUUCAGUUCCCACCCUCAGUGGGCCUCACACACCCCACCUCCAGCAGACUCCUGCCUCCUCCCUUACCCACAGACACACACUGAUCCUUAUCCUUGGUCCUUGCAGGUGUCAACCUUGCCCCGUGUCUUCACAGACACACAUAGACACAGCCCUUGGCAUCCAUAUUACUCAUACCUAUCUGCCCACCAUGCACAAAAUACACACUUGGUUCCAUUUUUACUCUCCCCACUGAAUCAGCAUUCCCCCACUCCUUUAAAUGCAUACACACACUCUAUCCCAUGGUGUUCCCCUGGGCAAACACACAAACUAAAACAGAAGAAGAAGAAAAGAAAGAAGAAGAAAGAAAGAAAACCCAAGACAAAGAAGGGGAACAAAAUAAACUUUGUCACUCCCCCUUCUUCCCAC